GGCAGUGAGUCCUGAUUGCUGCAUCGCCGCUCAACACCUAGUGAAACUUAUGUACACUGGCACCCGGGAGACUGGCAUCCAACCUCUCAGUGGACCAUUAAACAGGAAGAGAGGAGAGACCGGCUCAUUCACACAGCGUAAGACUGGCAAAGUCCUUGGGAUUGCGACAACAAAACCCCUACCUCUAUAAAGAGAACACCCGUACAAAAAGAGCAUCACAUACUGUACAGUACACUCAAAUAGACCGUUUUGUUGGUAGGUGUGGAAAGAUUCGAAGGAAAAACAGCUGAAUUCGGGGUAUUUCACUUCUUCAUAUAGAACGAAGACUGUUCAUCAUAUUGUCUGUUCCAGUGACUUUCUUUCCAAAAUUCAAAGCUUCAUUUAAAGGAGGAAAGGAAAACAACUUGACUGAGCGCUUUCAGAUAAAAUACUGCUGGGCGUGAGGAUGAACGGCAGCCAAUCAAACCUGUCUCUGAAGUGUGUGCGUGACACCAGCGUGACGGGGGUGGUCUUUCCCUGUCUCUACAGCGCCCUCUUCCUGUUUGCGCUGGUACUCAACUGCCUGGCUGCAUGGAUCUUCUUCAACAUCCGUAGCACCACCACCUUCGUGGUCUACCUGAAGAACGUAGUGGUCGCAGACCUGCUGAUGACCCUGUCCAUCCCAGUGAAGGUCCUUGCGGACACCGACGUGGGCUCCUGGCGUCUGCGUGCGUUCUACUGUCGCUACUCCGCCGUCCUCUUCUACACCACCAUGUACAUCAGCAUCCUGCUCCUGGGGCUCAUCAGCCUGGACCGCUACCUCAAGAUAGUCAGGCCCUUUGGGAAGUGCGCCCUCCAGAGGGUCGGGGUGGGACAGGCCUUGAGUGUGGCCGUCUGGGCUGUGAUGGUGUCUCUGGCUCUGCCCAAUACCAUUCUGAGUGACCGUACACCAUCGGGUUCUCCUGGUCGGCUGAAGUGUACCUCUCUAAAGGGUCAGGCCGGUAUGCUGUGGCACGAGGGCUUCAACUACUUCUGCCAGGUGGUGUUUUGGGGAACACUGGCUCUGAUGCUGUUGUGUUACACCUUCAUCAGUCGUAAAGUCUAUGAGUCCUACAAAGCCUCACGUAGUGGCUCCAACGCGGCCAGCCGCAGGACCAAAGCCAAAGUCUUUGUGGUGGUGGUGGUGUUUUUCAUUUGUUUCGCCCCUUUUCAUUUCGCCAGAGUGCCCUACACUCUUACCCAGACCCGAAAAACAGCCAACCACUGCUGGGCGCAGAACGCGCUCUACGUUGCCAAGGAGACCACUCUCUGGCUCUGUGCCACUAACGUGUGUCUGGACCCGCUGAUCUAUGUGUUCCUGUGCAGGGUGUUCCGGAAAAGAUUGACAGACGUGCUCAAUCGCAAGCCCCACCCCCAGGGUGCUUUGGAGUCGCCCACGGCAACCUCUACACAUUUGGAGAUGUCACAGAUGAAAGGAAAACAACUUGACUGAGCGCUUUCAGAUAAAAUUCCUGUAGAAGGUGCCCUUGCGCAUGACCAGAAGGUGAGCCUGGGUGUCUGAGGAGCUGAGUAUCUCCUCACAGAAGGCCAGGAAGGAGUUGGAGAGGGACAGCAUGGCGGGGACUCGGUACAUCACUCCAUUGACCUCCUUAUGGAACAGCAUCAUGCUGGGAAAUACGGCGAUGAUCUCAUGUCUGGUCCCAGAGAAGCCCAUCCCAGAGAGACAGUUGACAGAGUUCAUUGAAAGUGAUCCAAUAUGCAGAAAGAGAGAGUCGUCCUACAAAAUGUUCAACAAAAUGUGAAGAUUAGCCCAGUCCCAAACUGUGUGACAGAGUAAUCACAUUAGCAGGGAAUGAAGUCUUGCUAUUCAUUGAUAGUCCUGUAAAUAAGAGGCAGGUCUCGGCCUAUAUUUAGAUUGUAUUCAUUGAUAGUCCCGUAAUUAAAGGGCAGGUCUCGGCCUAUAUUUAAGGUGUAUUCAUUGAUAGUCCCGUAAAUAAGGGGCAGGUCUCAGCCUAUAUUUAAGUUGUAUUCAUUGAUAGUCCUGUAAUUAAAGGGCAGGGUCUCGGCCUAUAUUAAAGUUGUAUUCAUUGAUAGUCCCGUAAUUAAAGGGCAGGUCUGGGCCAAUAUUUAGACUGUAUUCCUUGAUAGUCCCGUAAUUAAAGGGCAGGUCUCGGCCUAUAUUUAAGUUGUAUUCAUUGAUAGUCCUGUAAUUAAAGGGCAGGUCUCUGCCUAUAUUUAAGUUUUAUUCAUUGAUAGUCCCGUAAUUAAAGGGCAGGUCUCGGCCUAUAUUUAAGUUGUAUUCAUUGAUAGUCCCGUAAUUAAAGGGCAGGUCUCGGCCUA